AUGCCUAAAGCUGUGUUCAAGAAGCUACACCUGCUGAAGCCAGAACCAACUGCUAUGUGCCUGGAGUUGGCGGACAACACCGUUUGCUAUCCUGAAGGCAUUGCUGAAGAUGUACUUGCGAAGAUCGGGAAUCACUUUGUCCCUGUUAACUUCGUGAUACUCAAGAUGGGAGAAGGAUCCAAAUCCCCACUCAUCAUGGGAAGGCCAUUCCUGAAGAUCGCAAGAGCAAACAUAAAUGUUGGGAAGGGCAGGAUCAAUGGCACUAUGAGCGCGUUCAAGUUUCACCCAUGCUUUGAGGUAUGCAACACGAUUUCUAGCACGUAUAUACCACCACAUCGUCACGUCAAGCAGGAGGAGAAGAAUAAGAAGGCAGAAGAAAUGAAGCCAGCAGAAAAAGUUGCUAUUGUCCAGAAGAAGGAAGAAUGCUAG